CAGACGACAGGUGCACGAGGCAUGGCAUGCUCCUCAACCCGACUGAGAGAAAAGAGAAGUCAUGGAGAGCAAAGAUGCGCCUACAUGAUGACUGGGAAAGCGUGAAGAGAAUGCAGAGACAUUUUGCAGGGAAGAGAAGAAGACGCUUUCACUAUAAGGAACAAAACAACAGCCAUCGUGUUUCAUACCAGCGUUUCAGGAGGAGGAUUACCCGAAGGAGCAGCAGUGAGUGUCCCGCUGCCAGUACACCACUGACCACUGGGGGGCAGUGUGAGCCCAGCUUUGAGUUUGAUACAGUCUGUCAGAGGCUGGUGUUGGACUCUCCUCAACCACAACACAAAGUCCUCCGGGGAAACCUUCAAGAGACAGCAAAAACAGAUGUGUCCACCUGCAUCGCUGCUGCACCCACAGUACGCACUGUCACUUCUCAUCUUGCCAAGGAAAAUGCCCCACAACAGGGUUGGGUGUGGAGAGAUGCAGUUAAAGAACAGGGGAUCUCUCAACAGGCUGGUAAAGCCUCUGAUAACAGACUACAUGACUUGCAGCCGUUUGCUGUUCUGGAGAAAGCGUCUGUGAAUCUGCAAGUAAAGGCCGUGAUAAAGAUGGCAGCACCAACGCUGAUGAAUGACUAUUACUCAAAUGUACUCGACUGCAGUUGUAAUGGUGUGAUUGCAUUAGCACUGGGCUCUUCUGUUUACCUUUGGAACUCAGAAACUCAGACUCUGUUGGGAUGUUUGUGCCCGAGUCCACAACCAGGACCUCUGCACUUUCAGACUCAGUCCGUCUCAUCUCUGUGCUGGAGCAGAGACGGCAGAUCUCUGUGCAUCGGGACCAGGCGAGGGGAGAUACAGGUAAACACUGUGGCGAUUAAAUGA